AUGAAUAAUCACGAUGCUGUGGCUUCCAUACUGCAUGAGUGCAAGCAAGUGCUGGAUCGUCUCUUGUUGGAAACGCCAGAUGUGUCUACGGAGGACAAGAGUGAGGACCAGCGGUGCAGAGCUUCACUCCCCAGCGAGCUAAGGACCCUGAUCCAGGAGGCAAAGGAAAUGAAGUGGCCCUUCGUGCCUGAAAAGUGGCAGUACAAACAAGCCAUGAGCCCAGAGGACAAAACAAACCUGCAAGAUGUGAUUGGCGCCGGGCUGCAGCAGUUGCUGGCGGCCUUGCGAGCCUCCAUCCUCGUCCAGGACUGCGCCGUGGCCGCCGCUAUUGUCUUCUUGAUGGACCGGUUCCUGUACGGACUCGACGUCUCGGGAAAGCUCCUGCAGGUCGCCAAAGGCCUGCACAAGUUGCAGCCUGCCACGCCGAUCGCCCCCCAGGUGGUCAUCCGCCAAGCCCGGAUUUCGGUCAACUCAGGGAAACUGCUAAAGGCAGAGUACAUCCUGAGCAGCCUAAUAAGCAACAAUGGAGCGACUGGUACCUGGCUGUACAGAAAUGAAAGCGACAAGGUCCUGGUGCAGUCAGUCUGUAUACAGAUCAGAGGGCAAAUCCUGCAAAAGCUAGGCAUGUGGUACGAAGCAGCAGAAUUGAUAUGGGCCUCGGUCAUAGGCUACUUGACGCUCCCUCAGCCAGAUAAGAAGGGCAUUUCCACAUCACUGGGAAUACUGGCGGACAUCUUUGUUUCCAUGAGCCAAACAGAUUAUGAAAAGUUUAAGAACAGCCCACAAGUUAACUUGGCUUUGCUCAAGGAGCUUGACCACCGUUUGUUGUCAGCUGCGGAAGCCUGCAAACUGGCAGCUGCCUUCAGUGCCUACACACCCCUGUUUGUGCUCACGGCUGUGAAUAUCCGUGGCACCUGUUUAUUGUCCUACAGUUGUUCUACCGACUGUCCUCCAAGAAUGAAACCUGCGUAUCUACGUGAAGCUAAAGAGGCUUUUGAGAUUGGCCUCCUGACCAAGAAAGAUGGUGAGCUGGCUAGUGGCAAGCAGGAGCUGCACAGCUUCAUCAAAGCUGCUUUUGGCCUCACCACAGUGCACUACAGACUGCAUGGGGAGACAGAUGCAGUCCGUGCAGCAAGGUGCCUCUGCAGUGAAGCUAUGGGAAGGCUCUACGCCUUCAGCACAUCCUCCACAAGCCAGCAGCGAGAAGCCCUGUCUCAAGAGAUCAUGUCUCUCGUCAGCCAGGUGAAGGGACAUCUACAAGUUCAAAGAUUUCCAAAGUUAGAUGAUAGAUCUUAUGUCCCAGAGAUUUUCCAAUGUGGCUUGGAUAAGCCUAUCUUGCAUGGGCAUGUGGAUUUCCAACAAAUUCUUCAAACCUACUCCCAGCACCAUACUUCAGUAUGCGAGGUAUUUGAAAACACUUGCGGGAGCAGCAAAAGCAACCAGAGAGACACAAAAGCAGAGGUCUGCAUCACUGUUCUGAAAACAGAAACAAACACCGUGGAUACUGUAGGUGCUACUCUAGAGAAAAUGUGCUCUCAAGAGGGCAGGGCUACAGCCUCCUCCCAGGCAGCUAAGAAAGAUCAGGAGGGGCUCCAAAGAGCAAGGAGAAGAUGGACCCAUUCUGAGGCAUUUCGAGUCUCCCUUGAUCAAGAUGUGGGGACCCAGACAGAGCCACCAAGCCGCAGCAGUGGCUGGGCAGGUGUUUCAAAGUCUCUGAGCGACAGCCGUAGCUCCAGCUCUUGGAGCAAACUGUCAGGGCUCAGCUCUUCUACCAGCUGGGAGGAAGUGAAUAUAGAUAUAGAGAGGAAAGAAUCUGGCCAAGAGGAAAAUCUUGUGGACACUCAGUGCUCCACGGCCGUGUCUGAGGAGCCCAAGGGGGACAGAAGCUGCAGAGCUACGAAUUUGCUGUUUUCAAAGCUCCAUGGCUUCUCUCUUCAGGCAACUGAAGAUCACAACUUAGAGUCCUUACAAAGUCCGUUGCAAAAGCACACGAUGAUAAAGCCCAUCCUUCCUCUCAGCACAACAGACACUUGCUUGGGCUCCGGAGCAGGGCCAUUAGAAACCCCUGAAGGAAUCGAGGUCAGAAAUGCAGGACCUAGGAAUACGUCUCUUCAGUCCAGUCCUUCCCGUGGCUCUGCUUCUGGGUCCUUGUCUAGUUCUGGCAGGUUCACAGACAUGGCCACAUAUCCUUCAAUUCAAGAAGAAGAAAGCUGUGAAAUAACUGGUGGUUUUCCAGAACCCGAGCAUAACUUCAAAGACUGCUGUAGAGGAAAGAACAGGGAAAAACUCACUGAAAGAUGCACAGGGGGGCAUUCAUUUACAUACGCCCCCUCCUUGGUUGACCCGGAAGGAGAAACAGCAGAAAGCACAGAAGAUGGGCCAUCACACUCUCAGGUGGUCCUGGGACAUUUAGAAGGCAACCAUUCACUGCUGACAUGUAAGACUUUCUCUCCUCACUGUUCUGUUCAAAAUGUUGACUUAGCCAAGGCUGGCAGUUCAGCUGAAGACCAGGGCAUCGACCCUGAUGCGUCUACGGUGGAUGAGGAGGGCCAAAUGCUUGACAGCACAGAGGUCUACUCCACUGGCCAAGAUGGCGCUCACAGACCAGGAGCUCUGAGGUCCUGUCAGAGAGAUGAGAGGCCAAAUGCCUCUGUGAAUGGCUACAGUCCCUUCCCUGCCCUGGAGGAGGACUGCAGCACCACAGAAGAAAAGGAAGUUGGAAGCAUGCUCAAGUGGAGCCAGAACUCUAGCUCCUGUUCACAGGGCUGGCCGAAGUUACCUGCCUUUUCUAGCGGUUCCUUGGAGGGGGAAAGCUCAUGGUCCCUUUUGAACUCCAGCAGAACUUCCUUCAUCCCACUGCCAGGACAGACCAGGCAAGAGAUCCUUGAGGCUCGCACGCUACAGCCUGAUGACCUGGAAAAACUUCUGGCAGGCGUGAGGCACGAUUGGCUGCUUCAGAGACUGGAGAAUACAGGAGUUUUGAAGUCCAACCAACUCCAACGAGCACACAAUGCCCUUCUGCUGAAAUAUUCCAAAAAGUCUGAGUUAUGGACAGCCCAGGAAACUGUGGCGUAUUUGGGAGAUUACCUGAAAGUGAAGAAGAAAGGCAAGCAGAGAAAUGCGUUUUGGGUCCACUACCUUCAUCAAGAAGAAACUCUGGGGAGAUAUGUCGGCAAGGAAUACAAAGAGUGGAAGGGGCUCCGGCACCACUUCACUGAUGUGGAGCGGCAGAUGACGGCGCAACACUAUGUGACAGAGUUUAACAAGAGGCUCUACGAGCAAAAGAUCCCAACCCAGAUAUUCUACAUCCCAUCCACGAUCCUGCUGAUUUUGGAAGACAAGACUAUAAAGGGAUGCAUCAGUGUGGAACCUUACAUACUUGGAGAAUUUGUCAAGUUAUCAAAUAACACAAAAGUGGUCAAAACUGAGUACAAAGCUACAGAAUAUGGCUUGGCUUACGGCCAUUUUUCUUAUGAGUUUUCUAAGCACAGAGACGUGGUCGUUGAUUUGCAAGGUUGGGUGACUGGUAACGGAAAAGGCCUCAUCUAUCUCACAGACCCUCAGAUUCACUCUGUUGACCAGAAAGACGUGACUACAAACUUUGGAAAGCGGGGAAUAUUUUAUUUCUUUAAUAACCAACAUGCAAGCUGUAAUGAAAUAUGCCAUCGCCUUUCUCUGACUAGACCUUCGCUAGAGAAAACAAAUAUACCAAUAAAGCAACUUGCAUCCAAUCACUGAGCAGAGAAGAGAAUAAGGCUGG